CGGCUCGGUGCUAUGGGAUGAAAUCCGACCCCAACAGUUAGCCCCCCAGCUCGUUGGUUCGAGGAGCAACUGAUGAGCUUCACGACUGUUAGUCCGAGCCGUUUUUAACUUUGUUCCGAGCCCAUCCUUGUAUGCCGCGAAAUUUUCAAUGUUUCAAAGAUGGUUAGUGUCCUUCGGUGAUUCUGAUUCUUGACGAUUCAAAUCCCUUUGACGCUUCAUCUUCUUCUAGCGCGUGUGACGGUUGAGAUUCUACCUCGAGAAGUGGAAGAGUCCUCUGCUGAUUCCCGAGACCCGUGCGGAUGUGAAGUAUCUUAAUGUUGGUCACGCGCACCCGACGCGCCCGAGACUUGGGCGGAUGCGAAAUAUUAUUAAACUCGUGUGUACCCGACGCGCCGAAGCGUUCUAUAAAUAUCCGACUCCUGCUUCAUUUUCUCAUUUCGCAAUCUGCAAGGAAAAUUUUUAAGGUUCGCUUCUUUUCUCUCUGAUUUUGAUCUCUUUAAUUUCCUCUGCUUUGCUUUAUUUUCGGUUGUUCCUCCGCCGUGCCAGAUCUUAGAUUUGGUUUUUCCGAUUUCAAAUCUUGUUUUUCCGAUUCUUUUUGAUUCACCCGAGCCGAAGAUGUCACUCUCUGAUUCAAGUGAUUCGUCCCGAGGCAGAAACAUUCCUGUUCAUGAAAGGAAGAUGGUUUGGAGCAGUCCCUCAGAAGGACCCGAGGCUAGUUUUUCAGAUCGCUCCGAGCGGAGCGGUGAUAGCGAAGCAAAAUCGUCAUCCGUGGACCAAGAUCCGAGCCAAUUUGUGGCUCGGGAGGAUACAGUUGCGAAUGUGGCUCGGGAUGAGGAUCUUCCUGAUGACCCCGAGGCAGCUUUAAAUACGGGGAGAACGCGUCCUCUGUCUAAGGACGAAGCUGGGGGUUUCGUUGGCAAAAAGCGCCCGAGCCGUCUUUGCUCCCUGUAAAGGCCGAGGCGGUUCACUAUGAUUCCGACGCGGAGGCGAGAAUGCUUCAGGCCAGGAUGCAAGCGGCUAAGGCUCUACAACAGAAGACGAAGCGAGCCAGAAAAGUAAAAAGGCCCGACCCUCCUGGUUCUACGCUAUCCACCGAGGACUCCCUCAGAGAAUUGAGAGUUCGGUUCGGUUUCAGUGAAGGAGUCACGAUGAGGCUUCCGACCCUGAGUGAACGAGCCGAUAAUCCUCCCGAGGGGUUCUUCACGUUGUACGAGGGGUUUUUCAGUUUUUGUUUCCUGUGGUUCCCUCUCCCGAGGCUGAUCGUUGAGUAUUUGUGGUCGUAUAAGAUUGCGUUGGCUCAGAUCUCAACUCGUGGACUGCGGCAUCUUAUUGGGAUCUUAGUAAGGAGUUUCGAGGCGGAUAAAAUUUUGUCCCUCGGGCAUUUAAGGAAUUUCCUGGAGGUUCGUCGUAGCCCGGGUCCUCUGGAAAGAUACUAUAUCUCGCCGAGCAAAAAUAAAAAAAUCAUUGGCGGGUUCCCGAGCAAGGAUGAGAAGUACACUGAUCAUUUCUUCUUCGUAGCGAUUGACGAGGACUCCGUCUCCGAGGGAUGCCUUGAUAAAAUUGUUGCGAAAUGGGGCAAAAUCGGUAGUUUACCCGAAGCGUUUGAGUUUUCUUUCUGUCGUGAUUUGAUCGAUUUUUUAACCAGUUUUGUUUUCAUUUUCAGAUCGUAACCCGACGUUCCUCGAGAUUGUCCCCGAAGAUCUUUUAGAAACUCACGAGGAGUUGGCUUCCCGGAAGUGUAACUGGACCAAGCAUUUUACGCUCAAAAGAGUAGAGAAAGCGCUGAGAUUACUCCGAGGCGUGUCCUGUUCAUCAUCAUCAUCCUCUUCGGAUCACCGAUUAAGCGGCUACAUGGAGAUGCAGAAAGCGAAGAUGACGCUAAGGGAGAAAAAGGCUGCUGAGAAGGAAGCGGCCGAGCAGAAAAGAGCUCUCGAGGCGGUUUUCAAACCUUUGACCGAGGGGUCUAGAAGGCCCGAGGCGUCCGAUCUACUCGAGGCGUCUGGCAGGCCCGAAGUGGUUAAGGGCCCCGAAGGAUCCGGGGUUGAUCUAGUUGUUACUUCGGUUCCUCCCGAAGCGAUCGACGAUGUUCCAGCUGGGGACAGUGGAGUUCAAGCUCCCGAGGUCGAACACACCGAAGUUGUGGUCGGCUUGGCUGCUGGUAGACAGGCCAAGUCUAAGGGAAAACGUCCUCGGGGCGACCACUCUACCGAUAAGAGGAAGAAGUCGAAGAGCGAUCACAGCAGCUCUCGACCGAUUUACAAGGACAAGGUGGCCGUUGUUGACAGCCCCUGAGACUCUGGCCGAGGCGGAAAGAUACGCCGAGACUUCGGCCAACUUUCUGAAGGCAUUCUCCUCAAUGAACACGCUGGUUCGUUCUUACGAAUCCGCGAACCGCCAACGCGAAGCUGCCAACGAGCAGUUUGAGAUGGCCCGAGCGGAAUCGGAGAGGAGAGUAACCGAGGCGACCGCAGCAAGGGAGAGGGCCGAGGAGAACGCUCGAAUUCGGCAGAAAGCCGAAGCGGAGAUUGAGCGCCUCAACCACCUAUUUGCCGAGGAGAAGUCCUUUCGGGAGGCCGAGGUUGCUCGAGCCAGGAAGGCUGCCAAAAGGGAGGUUACCGAAGAGUUCGCCAAGCAGAUCAAAACGAUCGAGGCGAAGCUGGAACAGUUCGACCAGGUCGCUGAUCGAUACAUGUACUUCUCCCAGGCUAAGGCUAACGCCGAGCUGAUUGUCGAGCUCGAGGAGGGCAAGUCGAUCGAGGACGAGAAGAAAGAGGUAGAGGCAUGGAAAGAAGAGUUCGGGGACGCCGAAGCGGAGUAUUCUCAGCUCGCGGUCGAGCUGCUCGAAACUUUGAAGAUUCCUCCGGUGUCGCCCGACUCUGCUCAUGAUAGCCUUGGGAAUAGGUCGGUGGAGGGCGAGGCGAUCGAAGUUGGAGUUAUCGAUCAAGCAGGGACGAACCUGGGCUCCGAGGCUGCGCUUGUUCCAGACGAGGAGCAGGAUAAGUGAUCCCGAGGCGCCCCUUCUUUUAUGCUCUGGAUUUGUUUUGAUUCUUCUCCUUUUUGUAAGACUUGUGCCUGGACGGCUUUAUCCCUUUUGAACGCAUGUUUCUUUAAAUAAUUGAAUUGUUUCGUUCAUCUU